GGGUGUUCGAGGGGUCCCGCAGCGUGGGACGGCUAGGCUAUAGGGAGAAACGUUGGUGAUUGCCCCGCCUUGCGAGUGUUUUUUGUUGUUCUGGGGUCGCGAUAUGUUGGUGCGCGCACGACCGCGCCCUGGCCGUGGACUGGGCCGGCCAGCUUGUGGGCAGUGCCGAGUGCCAAUGUGGGAACGCGAUGGCCGAUGCGAUGGGAAAAUUGGGGCCUGGCUAAAACAACCAAGCAAUCAGAACAUCAUGACGAGGCAAAGCGUGCGGUCUCACGGGAGAAGCAGAAAACAGGUGCAGAUGAUUUACCGCGCUAGCGAGACGGGAACCCGGGGUUUCGAGACUGGCGGUCACGUGCAAGGCGGUUUGGGGCCAAGGCUGGGGCGAUCGUCAAACAGCGUGUCACGGCCAUCUUAUGGCGGACUUGGGGUGACUUUUCCUGGGUCAUAAGUACAUUCAUGAGAAGCUGCUUAAAGGUUUUUUAUAUAUAUAAUUUAUAAAGCUUUGCUCCUUUACUCAGAUGAACCUGCCAAAAAAAAA